GUUAUUUUCAUUCAAUAAAACAGUGUUUUGUGUGUAAAAACCAAACCUCAAAAAAUAUGCUGAAAAUUGUGAUCCUGGUGUCGAUGCUGAUGGGAGUGACCCUCGCGGCGGUCGACCCCUGUAUUAUCAAUGAGGGCGAGGCCUGGGCUAAGACAAUGGUCCAGCAGAUGACCGAAGCGGUCAAUAAAGAGGAGAAGGCCAGGAGUCAGGUCAUGACCUAUAUCCAGAUCAUCAACACCAUGGGUGAUAUGGACCACUGUCUCGCUUACUUGCAGUUUUAUAACCAGGAUCAUGUGAAAUGGUCGUGCACAAUCCAAACCACCGAUGAUGGCACCCACACCCACAAAUAUGUCAUGGGCGAGGUCAAAUGCCACAAGUCCGAUUAAGCCGAUGAACUUAUCAAUUAUGUUUUAGUUGUGAACUGGAUAUAAUUGUUGUAUAAUGUUACUGUUGUAAAAAGCAAACUUUGUAUAUGCAUAAUAAAAUGUCAUAAUAUUUAA